CGCGAUGGCAGCCGAGGAGAAGGACCCCCUGAGCUAUUUCGCAGCUUACGGGAGCAGCAGCUCAGACUCCUCGGACGAGGAGGACAGCAGCGAGCCGGAGGAGACGAGGCGGAGGGCUCCGGAUCCGGCGAAGGCGGCGGGCGGCUGCGGGAACAAGAAGCUGCCGGGCCCCGACGAGCUGUUCCGGAGCGUGACUCGCCCGGCCUUUCUCUACAAUCCGCUCAACAAACAGAUAGACUGGGAGAGGCACGUCGUCAAGGCGCCUGAGGAGCCUCCAAAGGAAUUCAAAAUCUGGAAGUCAAACUGUGUACCACCUCCGGAGUCGUACACUACCGAGAAGAAACCUCCCCCUCCAGAGCUGGAUAUGGCAAUAAAAUGGUCUAACAUAUAUGAGGACAAUGGCGAUGAUGCCCCACAGAACGUUAAGAAAGCUAGGCUUCUCCCAGAAGGGGAGGAGACAGUGGAAUCAGAUGAUGAAAAAGAUGAGCAUACUUCUAAAAAGCGCAAAGUAGAACCAGGAGAACCAACAAAGAAGAAAAAGUAGAAAACAACAAAUGACAAAUUUUGGACUGCAAAACUUAAUUGAUGAAAUGGGUUUUUUUGGCAGAUAAGUUGAUAUUGUAAAUUAUUAUGAAAUAUUAUCUCCAUGAAAGUACAUGUUAAUUAACUAAUAAGUGUUGCUGCAGGAACUUUCCACUGUAGAAUUCACUUUUUAUUUAAAACUUGUAUGUAUUUAAAACUCAAAUGGUGACUUAUGAUUUUGAAGUUGACAACACUUGAAAGCAUUCUUGCUAUCACAGAACUGGUGACAUGCUUUGAGAUUUCUGUCACAUGUUGACAUGUCUGUUCUAUGAACCUUUUAUAAAGGAAUAUAUUUUUAAAGUAAGUAUAUUGUAAUGUACUGUGAACUUGUAGGGUGUUUUUCAACAGUGUGUGUACAGUGUAAAUAGAUCAUGGAAAUAAAAUUACUUACUCAAUAUUA